UUAAUUGCAAUGCACUUCCUUACAUGAACUCAAAGUGACGCUGUUGAUCAGCGUGCUGCAGUUUCAUCAUCAGAUUUCCAAAAGAACCUCCCCUUGUUGUCCUAAGAUUCGAGAAAGCAUUGGGAAGGCACGCUUCUCCCCGACAGCACAAUAAUAUAUUGUGCAGGAUUUAUGGAGAUUUUUGAUUGCGUUUUUUCGUCAUUGGACAUUUACACCGUAUCAUCUGCCUGUUUUAAUCCGGAAUAUCAAUUCAAUUUUAACCAGAACAACAUUGCUUGACUGCUUGUUGAGGUGCUGGGAAAAUGCCGGGUAAACCAGUAACAUGGCAAGUAGCAUGCAUCUUUCUCCUUUUUGUCGUUUCUGUUAAUGGACAGGUGCGUUUAUCUAUACCAGAAGAGAUGGAGACAGGGUCAUUAAUAGGCAAUGUUGCGAAAGAUCUUGGUUUGGACAUAAAGAGACUUAGAUCAGGAAACGCGCGUAUAUAUUCUGGAGAUAGUACCGAAUACAUAGAGUUAGACAGAGAAAGGGGGCUCCUCCUUGUUAAAGAAAAAAUUGAUCGUGAAUCGCUUUGUGGAAAAACAAUUCCAUGCGCAUUACAUUUUCAGGUCAUUUUAGAAAAUCCGAUGGAAUUCUAUACCAUUAUUUUGGAGAUUACGGAUAUCAAUGACAAUGCACCCGUUUUUAAAAAGAAUGAAUUUAGGUUUGAAAUAAGCGAGUCAGCUGUGACCGGAGCCAGAUUCGUCCUGGAUAAGGCCGUGGAUGCGGAUGUAGGUGUUAAUGACCUACAAGCUUAUUCUCUUGAACCAAAAGAAAAUUUUCACCUAAAAUUGCACAGCCAGCCAGACGGAAGUAAAAAGGUUGAAAUGGUUUUAGGGAAACAGCUUGACAGAGAAAAGCGGGAUAAACUGACAGUUCUGUUAACCGCUAUGGAUGGUGGCGAUCCGCCGAUGUCUGGUACAGCGCAGAUACAUAUUACUGUACUUGAUGUUAAUGACAACGCUCCUCUUUUUACGCAGCCUAUAUAUAAGGCAUCUGUAAUAGAGAAUGCAGCAAAAGGUACUAUCUUAACAACAGUGAGCGCGUCUGAUUUAGAUGAAGGUUCUAAUGGUAAAGUGACAUAUUCUAUUACAAAUAGCAUGGACACUAUGUUAGAUUUAUUUGAGAUUGACCAAAUCAGCGGAGAAGUGAGAUUAUCUGGUGAAAUCGAUUAUGAAAAGGCCAGACAUUAUCAAAUUGAUAUUAAAGCAAAUGAUUACGGAGGGCUUUCGGAUUCUAGUAAAAUUAUCCUCGAUGUUACUGAUGUGAACGACAAUAGUCCGUUAAUUAACUUCAUGUCGACAUCAAAGUCAAUACCGGAAAACUCGCCCCAAGACACGGUAGUAGCCAUACUGACAGUGAAGGACCCUGACUCUGACAAUAACGGAAUAGUUCAUUGUCUUAUCGAUAAUAUUUUUCCGUUUUCUAUUAGAUCAACCUCCAAUGGUUUCUACAGUCUUGUUACUGCAAUGUCUUUAGAUCGGGAAACACAGUCUGAAUAUAACAUAACCCUGAUCUGUGCAGAUGAAGGAAUCCCCUCACUUUCUAGUAGCGUCGUUUUGAACAUAAAGAUAUCAGAUGUGAAUGACAAUGCGCCGGUCUUUGACAAAAGUUCAUAUGAUGCAUAUAUAACAGAAAACAACGCGCCAGGGGUCUCCAUAUUCUCAGUGAAAGCCAGUGAUGCAGACUGGAACCAAAAUUCGCGAAUUUCCUAUAUACUGGAAGAUUCGUUUGUAAAUGGAGUGUCAGUAUCGUCUUAUGUGUCUGUUAACUCCGACAGUGGAGUAGUUCAUGCCUUACGCUCCUUGGAUUACGAGCAAAUAAAGGAUUUUAGGUUUCGCAUAAAAGCACAAGAUGGUGGAUCACCGCCGCUGAGUAGCAAUGUGACUGUAAAUAUUUUAAUCUUGGACCAGAAUGACAAUGCACCUCAGAUCCUCUACCCAGUUCCUUCAAGUGGCUCAGUGGUGGCUGAAAUUGUGCCUCGUUCAGCGGAAGUCGGAUAUCUCGUCACGAAAGUCGUCGCUGUGGACGUGGACUCUGGACAGAAUGCCUGGCUCUCAUAUAAAAUGGUUAAGUUAACCGACAGGGCGCUUUUCGAAGUGAAUUUACAGAAUGGAGAAAUAAGAACUAUACGCCAGAUCAGUGAUAAAGAUGCCUUCAAGCAAAAACUAUCUGUUAUAGUGGAGGACAACGGGCAGCCGCCUAAGUCUGCUACAGUUAAUGUUAACGUAGCGGUGGCGGAUAAUUUCCCAGAAAUGCUCGCGGAAUUUAGUGACACUACCACUGACAAGGAUUAUAAUGGCAAUAUGACUUUUUAUUUAGUUUUGGCUUUGGCGGUAGUUUCAUUCCUCUUUAUUGUUUCCAUAAUUACCAUAGUAUCCGUGAAAUGCUACAGGUGGAGGUGCGAACGAAUGUUUUAUAAAUCUAGGGAAUCUGCCCGUUAUCCCGUACUACCCACCGCUUUACGCAGACAUCGGAGGUACAGGAACUCUUCAGCAUGUGUAUAAUUAUGAGGGCUGCGGGACGACUGACUCCAGGAGGAGUGACCUGAAAUACGGCAGACCGUGUAGUCAGAGCGUCAUCAGUCUGGAUGCCAGUGGAACACAGACCCUGAUGCAUAGAGAAAAAGACGUAGAAGUCAACAG